AUGAAUUUGAAGCAAUAUUUUCAUACGCAUAGACCACACGACCUCGGCUCUAACUCUGCUUGGUCCACGCCGUUCGUCGGCGCUCCGUCUAGUCCCAGCCGUGGAGCACCGCCGGGUUAUUUCUUCAGCGAACCGUCGAGUCCCAUUCAUUUCUUCAUGUGCUCUGCUGCUCCGUCGGAGAAUAAUACGAAGCUCGACUCGUCUACUCCCGGCGACUCCGAGUUCGAGUUCUCGUCUCGUUUGUCUUCCAGCAGCAGCGGUCCUAUAGGCGGCGUACCGAUGACCUCCGCGGAGGAGCUCUUCCCCAACGGUCUGAUCAAGCCGAUGAAGCUCUCUUCAAGUUCAACCCACCUCCAACGGCCUCAGAUCUUAGCGCCGCUUCUAGAUCUUGAAACAGAGGAAGAAGAGGCGUUACGAGACGGUGGUGUGAAUAGGCGAGGGAGAGAUCUGAAGUUGAGAAGCGGAACUGUUCAGUGGAGCCAAGAGGAGGAAGAGGUGAAGGAGUGUAUACGGAAGCUACCGGAAGAUUACGAGGACGAAACCAAGAAUAACAAAACUGAAACGGCGCCGUCUUGUUCUCGUUCGUCGUCUUACGGUAGGAACUCGAAGAAAUGGAUCUUCCUCAAGGAUCUGCUCCACCGGAGCAAAAGCGAAGGUAGAGGAAACGGCAAGGAGAAGCUCUGGUCAAACGUUUCAUUCUCUCCGGUCAAUCUCAAAGAGAAGAAACUCAAAUCAGAGGACGCAGCAGCCGUCGAGAGACAGAAACAACCACCACCGGCGAAAAGAUCUCCGAUCACCGGCAAACCAACUAAUGGAAUAGCGAAUCGGCGAGGAGUGCAGCCGUCGGCCCACGAGCUGCAUUACACAACGAACAGAGCUCAAGCAGAGGAGAUGAAGAUGAGGACAUACUUGCCGUACAGGCAUGGACUCUUCGGCUGCUUAGGGUUCAGUUCCAAAGGUUAUAGUGCCUUUAACGGUUUAGCCCGAAGCUUAAACCCGGUUUCAUCCGGUUAAAUUGCAGUUCAAGUCGUAGAUUAAGUUUCACAGAUGUUUUUAUGUAUAGGUUAUGGAUUCAGUAAUCCUAAGUUAUAAUCCUAAUUUUCACUGCAACUCUCUGUUCUUAGGUUGAUGAUUACUAUGAUUCUCUGUAGUUCUCUUAGGAAUCAUUUCAGAAUCUAAACUUUUUACAGUGAUGUU